AUGAGAGGAUCAAGACUGUUGUGUGUAUUGCUUCACGUUCUCCUGCAGGAGACUAAGACAGUGUACAGCGAGGAUGCUGCAGCAGGCAGCUGCUGGUCAGCUGUACAACAGGAAGUACAUGACUCGCAUCCGGCUCCUCGCGACUUUCUCAAAAUGGCCAGAUUCGUUGCUGACUUUGCCAAAGUCAUCAAUGUGAACGAAAUAUAUUUUUGCCUGACUCAGGAAGCAGGUUUACCCGAGAGAGAAAUAACCUACAUAUUUGCCUCAACCUUGACACGACACGCGAUAUUCUUCUCCCAAUGUGAUAUCCCCAGCAUGCAGAGGAGCAGGAGACCUUUGGAUGCUGCUGGGGGUCGGGAGAAGAGGAUCCCCAGGUACCUGCUCCAUCCCGCAGCUCUACACAUCACCUCACGUAGAGUACUGCCUCUAACACUAACUACGUUACUGGCUCUACAUAAGAAGAACCCGCUGGACUUCCACCACAUAGUUCUGGGGGUGGACCUGCCUGGCUGUCAGAUGCAAGUUAAUGCUAAAGCAAGAUGGUUCCAGGCUUCCUAUGAUAUGACGACACAGGAAGUUUUCACAGAGGAACUGUUUCUGUUUGCCGAUGAGAGAGAGAGUUUACGUGUACCUGUGACCAGGUGGGUGCACCAGGACCAUGUGAACGACCUCAGUAUUCUUCACCAGCCAAGCAUAGGACCUGAAGACUUCCAGCAACAUGUGGUCAAUGUCAUCACUAUGGAAAAUCCUCCAGGAGUGAGGAAGUGCGUUCCAGGACACACUCAAGCCUCGCCAAGACAUCUUGAAGACAACGUCUGUUUAGCCACUUACCUUGUUUUUGGUCCUCAUUUUGAAUUUUUCUGGAUAUGUUCAGCAGGUGUGAGGAUGACUGAAGCAGGAGAGACGGGAGGCGAGACGUCAGGAGAGACGGGAGGCGAGACGUCAGGAGAGACGGAAGGCGAGACGUCCCAUUAUGAAGGAUAUCAUAUUGACAUCUUGACAACCCUGGCUAACACUCUCAACUUCAGAGUGAAGCUGAGGAUCCUGCCUCCAGACACUGCCCAGUUUGGUGUUGACAAAGGUGAUGGUAACUACUCAGGACUGGUGGGAGCACUCCAGACGUGGGAGGCAGACGUGGCUCUGGCUGGCUUCUCACUGACACGGGAACGAUACCAAGUAAUGGACUUCUCUGAACCCAUAGACUACACUGGCAUGAGGCUGUACAUCUGGUCAAACUCUUCACAACACAUGAUUGGAUGGGACACCUACAUUCUCUCCUUCCAGUGGGGAACAUGGCUAGCCAUUCUCGUGCUUCUAGGCACUAUGGCUGCCGGGUUCAUGGUCAUAGUCUGGCACCAGAGAGAUGAGGAUCCACAUUUUAGCAAUGGUCACAAUGUUCUCUUCAUUCUCUUCUCGUGUCUCGUGCAGCAAGGAUCAUGGGUGCUGCCACGAACCACGAGACUCCAGGCUGUGUUGUGUAUGUUCUGGCUCUCCUGUGUUAUCCUCUACGCCUCUUAUACUGCUCGUCUCACCUCUGUCCUGGCCGUCUCAUCGACCAGUCUCCCAUUCUCAUCUCUUGAAGAAGCUGUUAAUACUGCAGAGUGGAGGAUAGGACUUCUCAGAGGUACUUCCACCAUCGAGACACUUCAGGUGUCUCAGGGCGCCCAUUACCAGAAACUAUACCAGGAUUUGGCCAGAAAUCCUGACCUGUUGUAUAGUAGUGACGUGGAGGGUAUACAACGUGUACUGACCCAGCGCAAGUAUGCUGUAUUCGCGGAAAGUGCCACCCUGGACUACUUACUUAGAGGCAACUGUUCGGUUGUAGAGGUUCCUGGCAAUCAUUUAAUGGAUUAUUUAUACCUGGGAUUUAGGAAAGGUCUUCCAUACGCCCCGAUUAUCAACAGAGAGUUAAUGAAGAUGAGUGACGUCGGUGUACUGGACCGUAUACACCAGUACUGGUGGGGCACACCUGUUGCUUGUAACUCACCCACCUCCUAUACUGAACUUGGAUUCUCAAACAUCUUGACUGCCUUCUUGGUUCUUCUUGCUGGUUAUGUUGUGUCUCUUUUGCUACUGGUGGUCGAACUUUGCUGUAGACCUGCCCAGACCAGCCACAAGUACCUCGCUACACACCUCACUCCAAGAAACAGGGCCCAGGAGCUACAUUAUGGCAGCAGCAGCUGCUUCACCAUGACCAAGACUACACCACUACAAGAUCUAAACCAUGGCCAGGUCUACACCAGGUCUACAUCAGGUCUACACCAGGUCUACACCAUGGCAAAUCAAACGACAACUUUAUUCCCAAGAACAAGCCCAGGAGUUUCAAGUCAGUCGACAAAUAUAUUGAAAUGUGAAAAAUGAAUGAAAAUUGAAUUAGUUCAUGCUUUUAGUGACACAUUUUUUUAACUUAUACUAUUAUGUGUCUCACUGUAUGUGUCAUUGCUUGUCUCACUGUAUGUCUCACUCACUGUAUAUUGUCGCGUCAUUCGGCUAGUGGACAA